UAAUCAGAAAAAACGAAGGAAUCAAAUAUUUUACUUUUAUCUCCUAAAAUUUUAAGCGUUCAACCGGUUGGCACAUAACCUUAGUGGUAAAAUAGAAAAUGAUAAACAUAAAUAAAAAAUUAGCAAACAGCUGCUUUCCUAUCGGCUUUAUACUGAAGACUUUUAAGCCAAAACAAAAGUAAUAUAUAUAAUAUAUUUUCAGUAUUGAUUUUCUCUCCUAAAAAAUAUAUAUAAUUAUAAGUCACAUAAAUGUAUUAUGUUGCGCACCAAUCAAAAUGUAACGUCUCAAUUAUUGAAGCAGUUUGUUACGAGGCAAAGAAGUUAUGCGACAAAGUCACAACAGAGUAAAAAGGCGCAAAUCCAACUUUCACCAGAUAACUCUAAUGGCCUAGAUGUUCCUGUGGAGGAAACCAUAAACGCCCACUUUUUAAAACGGGAAAUAGGCUCUACCCAUCGUAAAUGGAGUAGCAUACUCAUCAAGUAUCCGGAAUUGAAAGCUAUAAAAAGGCAAGAUGCCGUAAAUACGGUAAAGGCUUUAAAAAUGAUGAAUUUUGAUGUAGAAACCAUACUCCAAAAGCCGGUUGUGUUACAUCAAAAUGCCCUUACACUGGAGAAUCGUUACGAAGUUCUUCAUGAAUGUGGUUUUCAACCCAUCAGUCUUAUAUUGCUAUCAAAAUUUGUAACAGUUAUUAACAAAACUGUCUCAAUGUUGAAAUCAUAUGGUUAUAUACCUUUUGAAGUGAAUGUUUUGGAGAACUUGUGUAAUUCUUUUAGUAACGUAGAAUUAUCUGUGAAAACAUUUACUGAACUGAACGAAGGUAUGCAUAUAAAACAUAUACGGGAAUGCAUACUUAAUGCUUACCUGAGACAAGUUUUGGACAUGAACGAUAAUGAUAUAAAAAAGUUGUGGCAAGUGUAUUACCGCGUUCGGCAUCGUAGUUUCAAGUCGGUUCAAUCAGUAGUAAAGGUGCUACUCGAAGAUCUACAAUUUCCAAAAGAGCGAAUAAUAAAGAAUGCUUUCUUACUUCACGGUGAUGCCGACAAUAUGCGUAGAAUAAUUACCGAAAUAAAACGAAUAGACGGUCAAGAUAUGCGUGAAAUUGUAUACCGACGCCCAAAGAUUUUGAUGUCUUCCUGUGAUGGAUUAUUAAAAACACUUGAAAACGUUAAAGUCUUCGGUAUACAUGAAUCGGCAAUAACGAAAUGUUUGGAAAUCCUAACACUUGGACCCGAUACCGUACUAGAGCGCUUGAAAGAUUUGAAUUCAAUUGACGAAUUUAAAGUUUUGGGCACCAAUCCACGAGUGUUGCGGCUUGUACAUUACCAAAACAAAGCUCGCUUACGUUUGGAAUACUUGAAUCAACUAAAAGUGCGUUGCGCUUCGCUACACAUUUUGUCUGGAGGAUCGGAGAAAUUCGCUAAGUUUGCACGUGAAGGUGUAGAUCGCACAAAAGGCCGAGAUGUUGUAGUUUACUUGGCAAAUAUAAUGAAGAAAGACGAAAAUUAUAUACGCGCAUUACUUUCCAGACAUCCCAAUUGGUGCCAUAUUCCUGUAUUGCAAGUUAAGCAAUGUUACGAUUUUUUGCGUUCAAAAAAAUUUCCAAUAUCGGCAAUAUGUAAUAAUAUACAUCUACUUUUGUACCCCAUACAACGAAUUGAAGAAAAACUGAACGAACUUCAUGAACCAGAAUGUCUUGAGGGAUUACAAUUACCGGUGGAUAACAUUUAUGAUUUGGAUAACAACGAAAUGCUCACACUUAUUCUAUAUUUAAUCGAAUGUGAAUUUCAUUUUACUGGAGAUGGCAUUUGGACGGAACAGCAAACACAGCCUGUAGAAAAUUUUAAUAACUUACUUCCUGAUUUUCCAGAGAGCUUAAAUAAAAUUUACAAAUAUGGAAUUAAACCCAGCCGAGCAAACCAAUCAGCCAAUACGCCCAUAGAACUGAGAUAACCAUGGCACAAAACUGAUGCGACAAGUUUAGUAAUGUAUCAAUUAGAUAGAAAUCGUUAUAAUUUCCUAAAAUCUUUUGUUUAGAAUUCUUCCUUAUUAAAUCUUUCUAAAAUUAUGAGAAUAUCAUGAAAUUAUUUAAAUCGAAUUAUACAAAUAUAUGUACACACAUCUCACAGGUUGGAAAAAUUGUAAAAUUCUAUGCCAAAGAACCAUUGAACUUAA